AGGAGCUUCAUCGUGCUCACCGAGUCAUAGAAAAACCCUAUUUUGUUCACCCCAUCUUUUCCCAGUUGUGGUUGCAGUCUCAGUCGCGGCAUAUCUAUUAUAUUUCCAUACUAUAAAGAUGAAUAAGGAGAGGCUCAUGAAAAUGGCUGGUGCAGUCCGCACCGGUGGGAAGGGUAGCAUGAGAAGAAAGAAGAAGGCUGUCCACAAGACUACCACCACAGACGACAAACGUUUACAGAGCACCCUCAAGCGAAUAGGAGUAAAUGCUAUUCCUGCUAUUGAGGAGGUCAACUUCUUCAAAGAUGAUGUUGUUAUCCAGUUUAUUAAUCCAAAAGUUCAAGCUUCUAUUGCUGCCAACACCUGGGUUGUUAGUGGUUUGCCUCAGACAAAGAAAUUGCAGGAUAUUCUCCCUGGAAUCAUCAACCAGUUGGGGCCAGAUAACUUGGAUAACUUGAGGAAAUUGGCAGAGCAAUUUCAGAAGCAGGCACCAGCUGCUGGUAAUGGUACGGGUGCAGCUGCCACUCAGGAAGAGGAUGAUGAGGAGGUACCAGAUCUUGUACCUGGUGAGACCUUUGAAGCUGCAGCAGAAGAAGGGCAAGCUGCUAAAUAGUGUUUUUCUUUUUUCUGUUAAUUUUAAGGCAAUGCUUUGGAUGAAUUACAAUUAUUUUUUUUGUUUUUUUGUUUUUGGUGUUCUAUCUUGUACUGUUGGGAGUAAGCCUUUUUUUUAAUCUAGAGUGGUUUUUUA